GUUGGACAGGAAGUCUCUCUUUCGCUCUUCCUCUGAGGAGACAGACAGUGUGCGGCGGCGUUGUGUCUGUGUGGUUCCGAUUUCUAAAGAAGACUAAUGGCUGAUACUUUGACACUUUUCACCUCGAUUGGGCUCAGCGAGCAGAAAGCGAAGGAGACACUGAAAAAUGAAGCUUUGAGUUCUGCACUAAAGGAGGGGAUUAUUCAGGCUCAGCGUGUCAAUGGGGCAAAUGGAGUGGACAAAGCCAUGGGCACUUUGCUGUACAGUAUGGCUUCUCGCCUUAAAGACAACAAACGCCUGGUAUUUCUGUCAGACUGCAUCGCUCAGAGGAAAAUCUGUACAGAACUACAGCUGGCAGCUGCUUUAGACUUUGUCAAAAGUCAUCCCGAGGAUCCCAUCAGUCAGAAAGAGUUUGAUGAAGCAUGUGGUGUAGGUGUAGUCAUAACACCGGAGCAGAUUGAGGAUGCAGUUGAGUCUGUCAUCAAGAAGCACAAGGAGCAGCUGCUGACGGAGAGGUAUCGCUUCAACAUGGGAUUGCUAAUGGGAGAAGCACGCUCAGCUCUGAAGUGGGCCGAAGGGAAGGUGAUCAAAAACGAGGUGGAUGUGCAGGUCCUGCACCUGCUGGGACCCAAGACGGAGGCGGAUCUAGAGAAGAAACCCAAGGCACAGAAAGCAAAGGUGGGAGAGAAUGACGUGAAGGCGAAGAAAGAGGAGGUGGUGUCAUUGAAUGGUGAUGGCAAUUUUGUGGAAGGAAGAUCUCUAAUGGAGCAGCUGAGAGGAGAAGCACUGAAGUUUCAUAAACCAGGAGAAAACUACAAAACCGAGGGUUAUGUUGUGACUCCAAAAACAAUGGAUCUCCUUCGGAAACACAUUGAGUUCACAGGUGGACAGAUCCGUACCCGUUUUCCACCUGAACCCAACGGUAUUCUUCACAUUGGACAUGCUAAAGCCAUUAAUUUCAACUUUGGUUACGCCAAGGCAAACAAUGGGAUUUGUUACCUAAGGUAUGAUGACACCAAUCCUGAGAAGGAGGAGGAGAAGUACUUCACUGCCAUCAAGGACAUGGUGGAGUGGCUGGGUUACACGCCGUACGACGUCACCCACGCGUCGGACAACUUCCAGAAACUCUACGACCUCGCCGUUGAUCUGAUCCGCAGGGGCCAUGCGUAUGUGUGCCAUCAGAAGGGUGAGGAGCUGAAAGGCCACAACGUUCCUCCAUCCCCAUGGAGGGACCGACCCAUCGAAGAGUCUCUGGUGUUGUUUGAGAGGAUGAAGAAGGGCAUGUUCGCCGAGGGAGAGGCCACGCUCCGGAUGAAGAUGGUCAUGGAGGAUGGGAAGAUGGAUCCUGUGGCAUAUCGAAUCAAGUACACGCCUCAUCACCGAACAGGAGACGAAUGGUGUAUCUACCCCACCUAUGACUACACCCACUGUCUGUGUGACUCUAUUGAAAACAUCACCCAUUCUCUGUGUACCAAAGAGUUUCAAGCCAGGCGUUCCUCGUAUUACUGGCUGUGUAACGCUCUGGACUUGUACUGUCCCGUUCAGUGGGAAUACGGCCGCUUGAACCUCACCUACACCGUUGUGUCGAAGAGGAAAAUUAUCAAACUUGUUGAGACUGGCGUGGUCAGAGACUGGGACGACCCCAGACUCUUCACUCUGACUGCUUUGAGGAGAAGAGGUUUCCCCUCUGAGGCCAUCAAUAACUUCUGUGCACGCGUUGGUGUAACCGUUUCCCAGACGACGACAGAACCUCAUCUGCUGGAGUCAUGUGUGAGAGACGUCCUGAAUGACACCGCUCCUCGUGCCAUGGCGGUGCUGGAACCCCUCAAGGUCACCAUAACAAACCUUCCCAAGGACACAAAGAUGGAUGUAAGGGUACCAGACUUUCCUGCCAAUGAAUCCAAAGGCGCCCACACCGUUCCAUUUACAUGCACAGUAUUCAUUGAACAGAGCGACUUCAGAGAGGUAAUGGAGAAAGGUUACAAGCGUCUGACUCCAGAACAGCCGGUUGGCUUGAGACAUGCUGGCUAUGUCAUCUCUGUCCAGAAAGUAAUCAAGGACUCUCAGGGUAAAGUGGUGGAACUGGAAGUGACCUGCUGCAGCUCAGAGACUGCAGAGAAACCAAAGGCUUUCAUCCACUGGGUCAGCCAGCCUCUGGUGUGUGAAGUGCGUCUCUAUGAAAGGCUCUUCCUGCACAAGCACCCGGAGGAUCCGUCGGAAGUGCCUGGCGGCUUCCUGAGUGACAUCAACCCUAAUUCCCUGCAGGUGAUCAGCAGUGCCUUAGUGGAUACCUCAGUGAAGGGAGCAAAAGUUUUGGAUAAAUUCCAGUUUGAGAGAGUCGGUUACUUCUCCCUGGAUCCCGACAGCUCAGCUGAUAAGCUUGUUUUUAACAGAACUGUCACACUCAAAGAAGACCCAGGGAAGAUCUGAUUGAUUUAAAAAAAAAAAAAAAAAAAGAGAGAGAAGCUGUGCUUAUUCCCCGGAGCCUUCAGAUACUCGACCACUGUGUUUGUAUCACUUAUGUUGGAACAUCUUCAAGGACACAGACAGAUCUGACUGAGACUGCUUUAAAUUGUAUGCCUUUUCUUUUUGCCUGCAACAUUUCUAAUCAGCUCUUCUCAUGUAUGUCUCAUGUGACUGGUUCGUAAAGAAAGCAGCAAACUCUGAGGCUGCUCUUUGGUCUCUUACGGCUUUACCAGUCAGUGUUAAGAGCCCCUUCAAGA